AUGUUGCCCACUCAUGUUGCAGCAUUCUUUGGUCUUGAAAAAAUGAUCCUGCAUCUGCAACAGACAGAAUUGGAUCUAAAUCAGAAAGACGAGAUGGGCUAUACACCCCUUUUAUGGGCUGCAAGAAAUGGGUAUGAGGCAGUGGUGAAGAUUCUGAUUGACGGUGGUGUUGCACUAACUUGGGAAGAUCCAUAUCAGCCGUCGCCGAUAGCAAGCGCGGCGCGAAAUGGAUACGACGCAGUGGUGAAAUUACUGAUUCAGAGUGGUGCAGUAGUGGACUUAGCGGAUGAAAACCGCUGGACAGCAUUGUCAAUCGCUGCGCGAUAUGGACACGAGGCAGCGGUGAAAGUUCUGAUUAGGAGUGGUGCCGCGGUGAAUUCGAGGGAUAUAUGUGGACGUACAGCACUAUGUUGGGCUUCAUCUUGUGGAAAUGAGACAAUAGUCAAGAUACUAAUCGGAAAUGGAGCUGCGAUGGACUCAGAAUCUGAUCUUGGCUGGACACCGCUUUUCUACGCUGCAAUACGAGGACAUAAGGCAGUGGUAAACAUAUUGAUUGAGAAUGGUGCUGCGCCAGAUUCAAUGGAUGAAGCAAACCGGACACCACUAUCAUAUGCAGCAGAGAGAGGAUGCACGGCGGUGGUAGAGAUGUUAAUUGAGAAUGGCGCUGCCUCAGAUUCAAUGGAUCUAGCAAACCGGACACCACUAUUAUUCGCAGCACGUGGGGGACACACGGUGGUGGUGGAGAUGUUACUUAAGAAUGGAGCUGUGCCGGAUUCAAUAGAUGUACAAAACUGGACGCCGCUAUUAUUCGCAGCACGUGGAGGACACACGUCGAUUGUAAAAAUGUUGAUUGAAAAUGGUGCUGUGCUAGAUUUAAUGGACAAAUAUGGCAAGACAGCCCUAUUGUUGGCUAUCGCCAAUAAAGAUGCGGUGCUAGUAAGGAUGUUGAUUGAGAAUGGCGCUACAGUGGACGUUCUAGAUGAAGAUUCACGGGAAGCUCUUCACAAACUACUCCAGUGCCACGAGGAAUAG